AUGGGAACUCUUCCUGAUUUGAGUGCGAUAUUAGCCGCCCAGCUAGGGCUGGACAGCGGGGAAGGACUCUCGACGGCGGUUCCUCGCGCUGGUGAGGUUCCCCCUUCUAGUGCAAGAAACGCAGGGAAGGGUAAAAAAAGGAAGAGGGGCGGCUCGGGAGUCGAGGGGAGUGCCGAGGAGGCGAGCGACGUUCCUCCUUCUGGUGAACCCCAUAAGAAGAAGAAGAAGAAGAAGAGGACAAAGAAGCCCGUUGACGAGCAGUCGGAGAAUCCCGAAGAACCGAGUGAGAUUGAGGAGGGUGAUGUUCAAGAAGAAGAACUUCAACCCGAAGAGGAGGCUUCUGAGGCUGAAAUCUCGAGAGAACGGAACGAUGCGGAGGAAGUUGGUGGAGGGGAGGAAUCUGAAACUCCUCUUAAUGCCGCCCGUCCGGACGGUUCUGAAGAAGACAUCAGAGAGUCGCCGCUUUUGAUCAGGAGGCAUAACGACGAGGUUGGCGAUGAGGCGCGAUCUCCUAUUCUGGCGUCUUCUCGCGAGGGAACUCCGGUUCCCAUUGGAGAAGGGGCUGCUCAGAUCGGCACCUCUUCUCGUGGCUCCGCUAUCUUGAGGAGGGUGCCCGGAGUCAACUUUCCAGACAAGGUUUUGUUUCACUACGAGGGACCGGCCCCUCUAGUGUAUGUUCCCGAGAAGUGCGGAGAGUUCCUUCGCCAACUAAGGGGGAGGGCGAAACCUUUGCCCGCUGUGAAGGACCUCAUCUUCGGGAGUGAAUACGAGGAAGCUGCGAGCGCCAAGCUGCUGGGGGAUAGCGCGACGAACGUCGUGAUUGAUAAGUACGACACUGCCCUGAAGGGAGCUUUGGGCGAACUCGAGCUGGCUAAGAAGGAGCACGCAGAGAGAGAGAGGAAGCUUCUGCUCGCCAUCUGA